GACUUCUCCUGAAACACUCACAACAUUUGCAAAGCGCAGAAACUCCUCUCCCUGGCUCUCUCUCUCUCCCUCGCAGCCCUCCCGCUCUCAGAUCCUUUAAAGAGGCUUUUUAGGGGUGAUACCAACCCUGGCAACGCAGACAGAGGCUCCCACCGCGCAAGAAAAGAACCAUCGAGGAUAUAACGGGAUAUUCUGCAUCUUUACCUCCGACAUCAAAGAUGAAACUUCAGUUAUUUGCCAUAGACUUGGUUCUUCUGUGUAUAUCUUGUGGAGCAAGUGCACUGGCAACGAGCGUUCCUGCUGCGUCCGCGUCCUCGCCGGCUGCCAACAUCACCAAUCUUGGCGCAGCGCGCAGCCGCGAAACCGACGCUCCAGCGCACUCCAAGGCCAGGAGGAAGCGUUACAUUAGCCAGGACGACAUGCUUGCCAUUCUUGAUUACCAUAACAAAGUUAGAGGGAAAGUGUUUCCUCCAGCCUCCAACAUGGAAUACAUGGUGUGGGACGACGCGUUAGCCAAGACUGCCGAGGACUGGGCUCAUGCCUGCAUGUGGGAGCACGGGCCGCCUCACCUCAUCAGGUUCCUGGGUCAAAACCUCUCCGUCAGGACAGGGCGAUAUCGAUCCAUUCUUCAGCUGGUGAAGCCUUGGUACGAUGAGGUGAAAGAUUACGCUUUUCCUUACCCACGCGACUGCAACCCUCGGUGUCCUCUCAGAUGCUACGGGCCCAUGUGUACCCACUACACCCAGAUGGUGUGGGCGACGUCGAACAAAGUCGGCUGCGCUGUGCACACGUGCCACAACAUGAACGUAUGGGGCUCGGUGUGGAAAAGGGCCACAUAUUUAGUCUGCAACUAUUCACCCAAGGGCAACUGGAUCGGAGAAGCUCCCUACAAAGUCGGCGUGCCGUGCUCCGCCUGCCCUCCCAGCUACGGGGGCUCUUGCAGCGACAACAUGUGCUUCCCAGCUCUCAAGACAAACUACCUGCACUGGUUCAAAUAAACACAGGUUUCCUCUCAACAUAAGCUGACAACCUACACUACCACAGAGACGUUAUUUUAUCAAGUAAGGAUUUGCACAAAGUCGUGAACCACACUAUUUUGUAUAUAUGGGCUUAUUUAAAGAGAGAAACAUACAUUUGAAGGCAUCGGGCGAUUUGAUAUCUUGUAAAUAUUCUGUGUAUGUUAUAUGUAAUUUGUUAUAUUUUUACUGGAUUGCUAUGACUAUGAAAUUGUCAGAUUGUUAUUGCAAUGAAAUGAUGACAUUUAAAAGUAUAUUUAUAUGAAACAUGGGUCUUUUAACAGUGCAUUCUAUGUGGUGCUGCAAACACAUUUGUUUGCCGUUUAACAUUGUGGUAAUUAAUGACAUUGCAACCGUCACAUUUCCUCAUACCUGCUCACUUUGGUGCUAUGGGCAUCACACCUUCAUGCUGUGUGCUUUGCCUUUCACAAGAAUGUCAGGAUCAAACAGGAUCAGAAGGAUCAAAGCUUGAGACCUCAGAGGGAAGCCCACAUUGGCAGUGUCAGCUUCACUGUUGCUUUUGUGCCAAAAGUGAUUUACAAACUUAACACUUAAAGCAGAACUUGGUAACUUGAAUAAAAGCCCUGUUUUUUUUUUGUUUUUUUUUUGGUCAUAUUCACUGAAACGCCACUAUGACUGAACAGUAAUACACGAGGAAGGUGAUCAGUCUCUCUGGCUCUUUCCAUCGCUUUUAAUGGGAUUUGCAAGAAUCUACAAUGCCAAGGUGACGACACCAGCGAGAGCUUUCAGACACCAAUCCCGCGCAUUUGGCAGUUUGCUGCACAGCGGGAGAGAUAAAAUGCCACCUAGCCACCUUUCAGACUAUUGAACAGGAUACCUCAGAGCAUGAACCAAUGCAAGACAUGUAAAACCCGUGAGGCCAGCUAUGGUGUGUCAUCAAUGGGCAAGUAGACGCCAUCCAAACCAUAAAGUCAUCUCUUUUUUUCAAAUUUAUCCAGAUAUACCACCUCAGAAAAACACCGGAGGUGCAUUGGAGGCAAGUCUAAGGCCCCGUUUACACGUAGCCGGGUAUUUACAAAAACGGAUAUUUUCCCCUCUACGUUUUCAAAAAAAUCCUCGUUUACACGGACCCGCAUGAAAACGCUCUUAACGUCAUGCAAGCCAAUCAGAAUCCUGGAAAAACAUCAACAAAUGACACGUGUGUAACUUCCAGUUAAGGGCUGAUUUAUGGUUCCGCGUUACAUUAACGCAGAGCCUA